CCGCAGAGCCUAUCGGAGAGCGUGCUGCAGAAGACCGUCCGAUUCUGUUACCACGCGUUCAACUUUGCCACCGGGUACAACCACGCCGACCCGCCUACCUCCUCCAUCGGCUACCGUCUCAUCAUCCUCGAGUCGGUCGCCGGCGUGCCUGGCAUGCUCGGAGGCAUGUUCCGUCACUUCCGCUCGCUCCGCCAGCUUCAGCGCGACCACGGCUUCAUCUUCACCCUCCUCGAGGAGGCCGAGAAUGAGCGGAUGCACCUAAUCGUCUGCAUGGACUUCUUCGAGGCCGGCCCCGUCACGCGGCUGGUGGUCAGCGCGGGGCAGGUGGCGAUGACGCCCUUCCUCGCCUCGCUCUACCUGAUCCGGCCGCAGCUGCUCCACCGCUUCGUCGGCUACCUCGAGGAGACAGCCGUCCACACCUACACCAACAUUGUGCACACCACCGAGACGCCCGGCACAAGGCUGCACGCCGCGUGGCACGCCACCCUCGCACCGGCCGAGGCGAUCGAGUACUGGAAGCUGCCGAGCGACGCGCGGUGGGUCGACUGCCUCAAGCGGAUGCUGGCCGACGAGUCGCACCACCGAGACGUCAACCACGCGAUGGCGUCCAUGACGGACGAGCAGCUGCUGGGCGAGAGCAACCCGUUCAUC